AGCAGGUUAGGAUACUUAGGUAAAGGCUAGGGUUAGCUAAAAUGCAAAAAAUAAAUCAACUUUUGACUUUCAUUUGUAUAAAAGCUGGAUUCCUUCUAACCAUUACCGUAGAUGUUCCACGCUUAUGUGACAUCAUUAUUCUGCGACUGCCGGAAGAGACGUGGCAAAAUGUCCGCAUCUGAAAACAUUCGCAUUUUCUAGCUUUAGUUAUUUGUACAACCCUUUCCUUCAAACGAUAAAUCAUCGAGGAUAAAGCUUGUGUGACAGCACAACAGACAGACCAUGGGUCUGUGCAAGUGUCCUAAGAGGAAGGUGACCAACUUGUUCUGCUUUGAACAUCGGGUGAAUGUGUGUGAGCAUUGUCUUGUCUCCAACCACAACAAGUGUAUAGUGCAGUCCUACCUCCAGUGGCUUCAGGAUAGUGAUUACAACCCUAACUGUCGACUGUGUAAUAACCCACUGAUCUCCCAGGAUACUGUCAGAUUGGUCUGCUAUGAUGUAUUCCACUGGGCCUGUCUUCAUGACCUGGCAGCCCGGUUGCCCCUACACACUGCUCCUGCGGGAUACCAGUGCCCCAGCUGCCAGGGUCCAGUGUUUCCCCCCUCCAACCUGGCCAGCCCAAUAGCUGACAUGCUGAGGGAACAGUUGUCCUUAGUCAACUGGGCCAGAGCUGGACUAGGCCUACCUCUGAUUGAAGAACCUGUAAAAGACAGCACACAGGAUGUCACUAAUUAUGCUGACUGGUCCACGUUUGAUGCACCAGCAUUGGAGCCGACUGAAGCUUACCCCACCCACAAAGCUUACCCCACCCACUCCUACGCCAGCAGCCCCAACCCUAGCCUCGCCCCUACUCCAGUUCCAUCCACAGUACAGGAAGAUCAUGGAAAUCUCCACAACAACGGGGAGAUGGUGGCUCAUGAACAACACUCUGUGGUCAACAUGAUUACUGCAACCACCACUGACACCAUCACCGUACACACAGCAUCAUCCCCAAGGAAGAUCUAUGAUACAAGGGACUCUGGACACAGCUCUGGACACAGCUCUGGACACAGCUCUGUGACACAGAUUGACUUUGAUGAUGACAAGUACCGGCGACGACCAGCACUCAGCUGGUUUGCACGGAUUCUCAAAAACCGGGCAGGUUCCAAGAGGACAGGCCUGUCCUGGAAGCAGAGGGUCUUCAUGCUCCUUCUGGUUGGAGUUCUGGGAUUCUUUACCUUAAUCAUCAUUAUGGCUAAACUGGGCCGUGCUUCAGCCGACUCUGACCCCAACUUAGACCCCCUACUAAACCCCAACAUCCGAGUGGGCAACAACUGACCAGCACCCACCUCCAAGUACUAGUGAGUGUUGAACAUGGGGCUGAUUUUAUAAGACCAUCUAAGAUGGUGCGACCAGUAAAGGCAGAGAGAUGCCUUCUCUCUCGGACAUGAAAGAAGAGGAUGGGAUGGUGCAUUUUGACCUGGAAAUGAUAGCAACCUUACACCCUUCUUCCCUCUUUGGGAUAGGCAGGUGCAGAUUUCCUAAGCAUCUACUUCUCAGAACUAAUAGGCUAUAUAACCGGCUUGUGUGUGUAUGUACACACUUUCAAACUAUUAUUAUUUACAUUUGCUUUUAGAGCUAUAUGUAAAAUGAAUGUGUAUAUAUAUUUUGACCCACUGCACAUCAAAUGAGAUUGCAAUGUUGGAAUUAAUGGUAAUGGGAAAACACAUUUUCACAACAGAAAUACUGUAUUCUAUAUGACACAAAUAUGGCUUGUUGCAACAUCUGCUAAAAACAAAGGUAUUUUUGACGGGGGCAUCAAUAACAGUUGUUCAAGUUACUUGAGUGAGUGUGAGAUUUGUGUUGAACUGGAAGAAUGCUACGUCUGACAUUCACAUACUGUAUUACUUGUAUGGUGAUUAAAUAUUCAAGUCUGUAAAUAUAGAAAUUGAAUGAAAGAUGGUGUGUGUGUUUUGUGUUGAACUGGACUAAAUGUUUGUAACCAAUUUUCUCAUUCUGUAUGCAAUAUACGUUUUAAUAUUUUGUGGAUAAACAAACAAUGUACAACAGAUACUGUCAGGAUAUUCAAAUAGUGGUUGUUAACACAUUGGUCUUGGUUUAGCAUUAAAAUAGCAAAUACAGUC